GAAUUUUUAUAGCCAAAAUGGAAGUAAUCAUAGUUGUAUUUGCUUUAGUUUCUUUAGUUGGGACUUACGCCCAAAGUCCAAGUUCAUCUUGUCCUGAAGUGUCUGUAGUACAAAAUUUCAACGCGACGGGGUAUCUUGGUAAAUGGUAUGAGCAGAUGAAAUAUCCAUUCAUCUUCGAACUAGACGCCAAGUGUAUUUCCGCAGAAUAUUCGUUGAAUCCCAAUGGUACUGUGAGAGUACUGAACCAACAGAUCAACAUUGGAACUGGCCAUCCAAAUUCGAUUGAAGGAACUGCGCGUUUGGAUUCCACUACUGGUGAAGCAAAGUUGUUGGUUAAUUUUCCAACAGCACCAAUUCACUUCGAUUCACCAUACUGGGUAGUAGCAACUGAUUAUGUUAGUUAUUCAGUAGUAUGGUCUUGCGCUGAAGUUCCCCUAAUUGGAAAAUCAACACAUGCUUGGAUCCUCACUCGUGAAAGGAACCCUUCGAGAGAUCUCAUCGAUAAAGCCUUGAGUGUUUUCGAAAAACAGCACCUGUCUACAACUUCUUUGCUGACAACAGAUCAACAAGAUUGCCCGAAACAGUAAUGAUUCUAUUAAAUGAUUCACGGGGUCUGAUAUCUCCGCUAUCAUUAUUUCGAAUAAAAUUCACACAAAAU